GACGUGAGAGAUAUUUGGUCACAUCAGUAUCAACAGGGCUGACAAUGAGCGAGGGAAAAGUCUAUUGUCUCCACCGCUUUGAUUGCUUGUCUCUGUGCGUGGAAAUCCAACGCAAAGCUUGAGCGAGUGAGAGCCGAAAGAAUCGUCUCUUGAUUUUUACAGCUUUUGCUUUUGGUGUUUUUUCCUCGUAGUCUUCUUCUUCUUUUUUCUUUUUUAAUUGUUUUUCUUUACUACCACCCUUGAAUUCUGAGAGUGGUUUCAAUUUUCACCAAGCGGUCAGCACGGCUCUCUGAUUGAUCUCAUCGCCCGAUUUCUCGUUUUCUCUCGUCUUUCCCGCGAGUUCUUUUUGCUGGUCUGUCAUCCUCAGCCUUGCUAUUUAUUUUACCUUUGAUUUCCCUUUGCCUAAAGACACCAUCGCUGUGGUACUAGUGCACGCUCGCUGCUUGUUUUGGUGCUCUUGUUCUUUGCGUUUUUCUUUGCUGGCUGGCUGGCUGGUGCGUGCUUGCUUUUUCUGCUUUGGAUUUCUAGACUUGUACUGCCCUGUUGCUCCUCCAUAGCUGCUCGUAGUUUCUUAUCCACGUCUCCUCCCUCUUGAUUGUUCCUCGGUGGCCCUUCACGGGAGAGUCGUGGCAUUGUCUUGUUCACUCCAACCUCUUGGCCAUGCAUCCCUUUUUUUCCUUCUCCCUCUCUCACUUAUUUCUUCCGGAAGAGGUGCUCGAAGAAGAAUUGGAGUUAUAUUCACACAAGUGGUAGUCGCUACUAAGUUUGCGUCGAUCGAGAGGGGAGAAGGAGAUGAUCAGGGAAGACGAGGUAGUGUUGCACAAGGAUAGUUUCAUGGAGCUCGAACAAGAGAAAGAGGAGGACGAGGAAGAAGGGAGGCUUACAACUUUCCCAGACGAAGUCUUGGAAAACGUCUUAAAGUUCGUCACGGGACACAAGGAUCGAAACGCCGUGUCCGUGGUUUGCAAGGCGUGGUACAAGGCCGAGGGGUGGAACCGAGAAGCAGUGUUCAUCGGGAAUUGCUACGCGGUUUCUCCAGACAUUCUCACCCGGAGGUUUCCACGGCUCAAGUCGAUGACUCUCAAGGGGAAGCCUCGCUUCGCCGACUUUAGCUUGGUUCCUCCAAACUGGGGGGCCUUCUUCCACCCCUGGAUGCCCGUCAUCGUGGAGAGCUACCCGUGGCUGGAAGCGCUCAGGCUCAAGCGCAUGACCGUGUCGGACGAGAGCCUCUUCAUGAUCUCGCAGUUGCUGCCAAACUUUCGAGCUCUCAACCUCGUCAACUGCGAUGGUUUUAGCACCGAGGGCAUUGCAGCCAUCACCAGCCACUGCAGGUACUUGCAAGAGCUAGACCUCCAGGAGUGCCUGGUAGACGACCGCGGUGGAGAGUGGCUAAGCUAUUUCCCGGAGAGCUGCAACACGCUCGUCACUCUAAACUUCUCGUGCCUGGAGAGCGAUGUCAACUUUGAGUGCCUGGAGAAGCUCGUCUCGCGCUGCCGCUCCCUCAAGAAGCUCAACCUCAACAAAGGCGUCACUCUGGAGCAGCUCCUGCGCCUCCUCGUCAAGGCCCCGCAGCUCACCGAUCUCGGCACCGGGACUUACUCGCAGAUGCAAAACUGGUCGCAGUACGUGGAGCUCCGCACCGCGCUCUCAAACUGCAAGGAUCUCCGCCACCUCUCGGGCUUCUGGAUGGUGGAGCCGAUCUUCAUCCCGCUGAUCUAUCCCCUGGCGCAGAACCUCCUGUCGCUCAACUUGAGCUACGCCACCAUCCGGGCCACCGAGUUUGCCAAGCUCAUCCAGCGCUGUCCCAAGCUCGAGACUCUCUGGGUUCUGGAUUCCGUCGAGGACCGGGGCUUGCAAACCGUGGGCGAGACCUGCAAGAACCUGGUGGAACUCCGCGUCUUCCCGACCGAUCACGGUGGCCAGGGCUCGGUGACCGAGGCCGGUCUGGUGGCCGUCUCGCAGGGCUGUCCAAACCUCUCCUCCGUGCUCUACUUCUGCAAGCAGUGCACGAACCAGGCCAUCGAGACCGUCGCCACCAAUUGCCCGAUGCUCACUCGCUUCCGCCUGUGCAUCAUCACCCCCCGGCAGCGCGACUACAUCACCGGCGAGACCAUGGACGAAGGCUUCGGCGCCAUCGUCAAGAACUGCAAGAACUUGUCGCGCCUCGCCGUCUCGGGCUGGCUCUCGGACAGGGCUUUCGAGUACAUCGGCCACUACGCCAAGAAGCUGGAGACGCUCUCGGUGGCCUUCGCCGGGGAGUCGGACGCGGCCAUGCAGCACGUACUCAGCGGCUGCCCGAGGCUCCGGAAGCUGGAGAUCCGCGACAGCCCGUUCGGAGACUCGGCGCUGCUAGCCGGGCUUCACCAGUACGAGUCCAUGAGGUUCUUGUGGAUGUCGGCUUGCAGGGUGAGCCUCGCCGGCUGCGGCUGGCUGGCGGGGGCGAUGCCCAGGCUCAACGUCGAGGUGAUCCGCGAGCAAGGUGACGCUGAAGGUGGCGAAGGUGGCGAGAAAGGUGGCGGGGAGCUUGUCAUGGAUUGCAGCGAGCCGGUUGAGAAGUUGUAUGCGUACAGGACGCUGGCUGGGUGCCGAAGUGAUGCGCCCAGCUGGGUGAUCACUCUCUAACUCCGUGGUUCUAAAAACUCUCUUCCUUUUAAUAAGAUGAAAUCAAGUUUUAGACUA